AUGUAUCUUCUACUUCUUAUUCUAAUCGUUCUACUUCUCAAAUUCUUCUUCAAAUCCAUACACUCACUCAUCUGGGUUCCACUAAAGGUUCAAAAACACUUCAGGAAACAAGGCAUAGGGGGUCCCAGCUACCGUCCGAUCUUCGGAAACUCGGCGGAGAUCAUACGACGUAUGAUGGCCGAAGCCGAAUCAAGACCAAUGGCUUUUAAUCACGAUGUUCUUAGUCGGGUGAUUCCACACUACUACAACUGGUCAAACAUUUAUGGGAAGACGUUCCUGUAUUGGUUUGGGGCAACGCCUCGUUUGGCUAUAGCCGAACCGGACAUGAUUAAGGAGGUGUUUCUCAAAACAGGUGUCUCCUUCCACAAGAUCUCAUUCAAUCCUCUUGGUAAGAUGACAUUUGGUGAUGGACUUCUUGCACUGUCGGGUGAGAAGUGGGCUUUUCACAGAAGAAUCAUAAACCCGCUCUUUAACAUGGAGAGAGUUAAGGAUUGGGUGCCAGAAAUUGUGGCUAGUACUACUAAGAUGCUGGAGAAGUGGGAGGAACAAGGAGAAGGGAGAGAUGAAUUCGAGGUAGACGUGCACGAAGAGCUUCAUAAGCUCAUAGCCGACGUUUUAUCGAGGACGGCUUUCGGGAGCAGUUUUGAAGAGGGAAAGCGCAUUUUUGAAUUACAAGAACAGCAAAUAAGUCUGGUUGUAGAGGCUGAAAAGAAUGUCUACAUUCCUGGAUUCAGGUUUUUGCCCACUAAGAAGAACAGAAUGUGGUGGAGGAUAGAGAAAGAAACUAGAGAUUUUAUUCGAAUGUUAAUUGAGAUGAACAACAAAACAAAAGAAAAUUCAAAAAAUCUACUUUCGUUGUUAGUGUCUGCCCACAAGAAUGAGGAUGGAAAAGAAGAGAGAUUGCAGGUGGAGGAGAUUAUAGAUGAAUGCAAGACAUUCUACAUUACUGGGAAGGAAACCACUGCCGUUCUUUUGACUUGGGCACUUCUUCUCCUAGCAUUGCAUCAAGAAUGGCAGAGCAAGGCACGAGAAGAAGUUCUUAGGAUUUGCGGAGACAAUGGGCUUCCUGCUGCAGAGAAUAUAAAUGACUUCAAGAUUUUGGGCAUGAUACUCGAUGAAACACUAAGACUCUACCCUCCAGUGGCGACGUUGAUGAGGCAAACAAACAAAAAUGUUAAGCUAGGGAGCCUCGACAUUCCAGCUGACACGGAACUUUUUUUUCCCUUGACUGCUAUUCAUCACGACAAAGAGAUAUGGGGAGCAGAUGCUAAUGAGUUCAAUCCGUGGAGAUUCGCUGAACAUGGGAAGUCUCUGGGCUCAUUUUUUCCGCUAGGGAUAGGCCCUAGAAUCUGUGUAGGCCAAAAUGCAGUUAUGGUUGAAGCAAAAGUUAUUCUAGCUAUGGUCAUCCAACAAUAUUGGUUUGAGGUAUCACCAUCGUAUGUUCAUGGCCCCAUGCUAUUUCUGACCCUACAACCGCAAUAUGGUGCACAAAUCCUCCUUAGGAGGAUUUUGAAUUGAAGCUAUGUUUGAAGUGUCCAAGUGAUUGUUGUUGUUACUGUUCAAUUUUGUUUUACGUUUCCUCUGUGUUUUAAUACAAGUACGUUGUUUUUUACAUUUUUUUUUUUUGUUUUGGAACAGCAUGAAUGAUAAAUCGGGCGGUCAAUAUAAUUUGAGGCCUUAGACAAAAAUUAUUUAAGUGGCCUUUUAAUGUGUAAUAUAUUAAUAUCAAAUAAUGGUUAUAAUAUUUGUUUUAAAAUUAUCCUUGUAUUCAAGUUUGAUCUUAUAUAUGAUUUUAUUAAC